AUGGUGCUGCCGCCGCCUGACAAGCGCCACGUGUGUCUGACCACCAUUGUCAUCAUGACCAGCAUGGCCUUCAUGGAUGCCUACCUGGUGGAGCAGAACCAAGGGCCACGGAAGAUUGGAGUCUGCAUCAUUGUCCUGGUUGGAGACAUCUGUUUCCUCAUCGUGCUGCGCUAUGUGGCAGUAUGGGUGGGGGCUGAGGUGAAAACAGCCAAGCGGGGCUACGCCAUGAUCCUGUGGUUUCUCUACAUCUUCGUGCUGGAGAUUAAGCUGUAUUUUAUAUUUCAGAAUUACAAAGCAGACAAGAAGAAUCUGGAGACAGUGGCCAGGAAGGCUUUGACCUUGCUCCUGUCCAUCUGUGUGCCAGGGCUCUACCUGGUGCUGGUGGCCUUAGACAGCAUGGAGUACAUACGAACCUUCAGGAAGAAGGAGGAUCUGCGGGGACGCCUCUUCUGGGUGGCCCUGGACCUGCUGGAUAUAUUAGAUAUUCAGGCCAACCUAUGGGAGCCACAUAAGACUGGGCUUCCCAUCUGGGCAGAAGGGCUCAUGUUCUUCUAUUGUUACAUACUGCUCUUGAUCCUGCCUUGUGUCUCUCUUAGUGAGAUUAGCAUGCAAGGGGAGCACAUUGCUCCGCAGAAAAUGAUGCUCUACCCUGUGCUGAGCCUGGUCACCAUCAACAUUGUCACCAUAUUCAUCCGGUCCAUUAACAUGGUCUUGUUCCAGGACAGCAGGGUCUCCACUAUCUUUAUUGGCAAGAACAUCAUUGCUAUAGCCACCAAGGCAUGCACUUUCUUAGAGUAUAAGAAACAGGUGAAAGAAUUCCCCCAGAAUGCUAUUGCCCUGGAGCUCCAGCAGAACUCAAUCUCUCACAAUCAGACUAUCCACAGUACACAGGGAAUUUCUCAUGAGCAGUCACCCACUAGGGAAAUUCUAGAUACAUGA